AUGCAACUCUCAAUAGCAACAACUCUGCUCGCCUACACGGCGGUGCAUGCCUUUUCUGACUCUUCACCAUUUGUCCUCUUUUCCACCUCCAAGCUCAACACACCCGAAAAAUACGAUCAGCUCCAGACCAGCAAUCAAGUAAUUGCUUCCGCCAAGGAGAUCCUCUCCUCUUGUCCCACGAGGGACUACGUUAUCGUCUCCCAGCCGAACGUGCACGCCGCCGAUAUCCGCGAUGGCUCUCACUGCAAAAUGCGUAGUCUAUGCGACACAAUCGCCAGCAAGGAAAUCCAGGGCCGGUUCAGCGUUGCGGAGGUAGUCGGUGACCUCUCAACCCAUUCGUUGGAGGAUUAUGUGAAGGAAGCCUGCGCGGGCAAGGGGAAGGUUGCCGGUAUCGUCAAGGUUGAUCUCACGCAUCUGCCUUCCUUGGAGCACAAGGAUAAGAGGGAGCAAAUUCUGGCCUCUAAUGACGAUCAGCUGGGUCUUAUGCUCGACACCCUCGAGAGCGACUAUACCCUUGUCAUGGUCUCAGACCCUAACGAGUUCAAGGCCUACCAGCCUGACUUUAUCGAGCCAGUCCAUAUGGAUCUCAAGCGUGGAGAUUUUGGCUCUCAGGAGGGCAAGGACAAUGGCAACACCACAUAUGAUAACCGCCCGCUGUUUGUGAAGUAUCAGUUCUUCACUCCUGGUAUUUUCGUCGCCCUGAUCGCUCUCAUCGUCAUGCUCUCCAUCCUUGGCGUCGGACUGAAGGCUCUCGGUAGUCUCGAAGUCUCAUAUGGCGCUUUCGACAAGGAGAUGGGACCGGCUGCGCAGAAGAAGCAGCAGUAA